AUGCUAGCGGAGAAGCAACCAAAGCGGCGGACAAAGACCGAACUGCCGCCGCUCAGCACACCACCGGCACCGGCCGUCAUCACUGCCUCCGCUCAGGUGCAGACGAACAGCUGGGAGUGGCUGCUCAAAGAGGCUUUGGCUCCCGAGCAUGCAAAGUACCAAGCCCAGAACCAAGCUCUUCAGACUGAGCUCCAGGCUCUCGAAGUCCGACUAAGCCAGACGAUGGCCGAGCUCGAAGCAGAGCGGGAAGCCCACUCCCAGACGAGAUCCUGCUGGGAAGGGGAGCGUGCAUCGCUGGAUGAGCGUCAAAAGAUGCUGGACGAUCAGAGGAAGUCAAUGGAGUCCGAAAGGCUGCAGUGGACCCAAGAACGAGAGGCUCUCGAGGCUUCGCUGGCGCUGCUUAAAGCAGAGCUGCGCAGCGCAGCCACCGAGGCGGAGUCUGAGCGCUAUGCCUGGGAGGAGACCGAGAAGGAGUUGCGGGCACAGCUGGAGAAUGCGCGUCAAGCGCGACAGCAAAGUCGAGAAGAGGCAGAGGAUCUUUCGCAUCGCCUGGAGCGCAGCCAGGACGACGUCAAAGCAUUGCAGAAGCAGAUGGCUGCCCUCCGAGAAGAGCACGCGGCGGUGGCCAAGGAGCGCGAUGACUUGCUUCAACGCUUGGAAGAUGAGCAAGCUGAGAUGAUAGCGCGAGUAGCCGCAGUGGAGGAGCGGCUCUCCCAGCGCGGCUCCAAGGGCACUUCGAGAUGA